CGCUUGCGUGCUGCGCCAAGGCUGCGAGGUGCUGAGGGAAGAGGCGCCGCCGAAGGGACCCGUUAGAGCGGAAGCGUUGCCGCUGCCGCCGCUGUCUUAGCUGUCCGGGGGCCUCUGGUUCCUGGCAGGUGGGAGGCUGGAGCCUGGAGCCAUGUCGAAACGGCUUCGGAGUAGCGAGGUGUGCGCUGACUGCAACGGGCCGGAUCCUUCCUGGGCAUCAGUAAACAGGGGAACUUUUAUAUGUGACGAGUGCUGCAGUGUUCAUCGGAGUCUAGGGCGCCAUAUCUCCCAAGUAAGGCAUCUUAAACACACACCAUGGCCUCCCACACUGCUUCAGAUGGUUGAAACCUUGUAUAAUAAUGGUGCUAAUUCUAUAUGGGAGCAUUCUUUGCUGGACCCUGCCUCUAUUAUGAGCGGAAGACGUAAAGCUAAUCCACAGGAUAAAGUACAUCCCAAUAAAGCGGAAUUCAUCAGAGCCAAGUAUCAGAUGUUAGCAUUUGUCCAUCGCUUGCCUUGCCGGGAUGACGAUAGUGUGACUGCCAAAGAUCUUAGUAAGCAACUACAUUCAAGCGUGAGAACAGGGAAUCUUGAAACCUGUUUGAGACUGUUAUCUUUAGGAGCACAAGCCAACUUCUUCCAUCCUGAGAAAGGAAAUACCCCACUCCAUGUUGCCUCCAAAGCAGGACAGAUUUUACAGGCUGAAUUAUUGGCAGUAUAUGGGGCAGACCCGGGCACACUAGAUUCUAGUGGGAAAACUCCUGUUGAUUAUGCAAGGCAAGGAGGGCACCAUGAGUUGGCAGAACGCCUCAUAGAAAUACAGUAUGAGCUGACGGACCGACUAGCCUUUUAUCUCUGUGGCAGGAAACCAGAUCACAAAAAUGGACAGCACUUUGUAAUACCUCAAAUGGCAGACAGCAGCCUGGAUUUGUCUGAGUUGGCAAAAGCUGCCAAGAAGAAACUUCAAUCUCUAAGUAAUCAUUUGUUUGAAGAACUUGCCAUGGAUGUGUACGAUGAAGUUGACAGGCGAGAGACUGAUGCAGUCUGGCUUGCCACACAAAACCACAGCACCCUGGUAACCGAGACAACCGUCGUCCCCUUUCUUCCGGUCAAUCCUGAGUACUCAUCCACACGAAACCAGGGCAGGCAGAAAUUAGCUCGGUUCAAUGCCCAUGAGUUUGCCACACUGGUCAUCGACAUUCUCAGUGACGCCAAGAGGAGACAGCAAGGCAGCCCUCUCUCUAGUUCAAAAGACAAUGUGGAGCUUAUACUUAAAACAGUCAGUAACCAACACAGUGUUGAGAGUCAAGACAAUGACCAGCCAGACUAUGACAGCGUGGCCUCGGAUGAAGACACAGAUUUGGAAACCACCAUAAGCAAAGCAAACCGGCAGAAGAGUCUAGAUUCAGAUUUAUCAGAUGGACCAGUCACUGUGCAGGAAUUUUUGGAGGUCAAAAACGCCCUAGUGGCUUCUGAGGCCAAGAUACAACAGCUAAUGAAGGUGAAUAACAACUUGAGUGACGAGCUGAGAAUUAUGCAGAAAAAGCUUCAAACACUCCAGAGUGAAAAUUCGAACCUCAGGAAACAGGCCACAACCAAUAUAUAUCAGGUGCAAACUGGUUCUGAGUACACAGACACUUCCAACCACUCUUCCUUAAAGCGACGUCCGUCUGCCCGAGGCAGUAGGCCCAUGUCCAUGUACGAGACGGGAUCAGGUCAGAAAGCAUAUCUCCCAAUGGGAGAAGCCAGCCGCCCCGAAGAGAGCAGGACAAGGCUCCAGCCCUUCCCCGCACACAUCGGGAGGAGUGCACUUGUGACCUCCUCUUCAUCUCUGCCUUCCUUCCCCUCCACACUUUCCUGGUCGAGGGAUGAAAGCACCCGAAGGGCAUCCAGGCUGGAGAAGCAGAAUAGCACACCUGAGAGUGACUAUGACAAUACUCCCAACGACAUGGAGGCAGAUGACACAGGGUCCAGCCGAAAGGGAAGGCAGAGAAGUAUGGUUUGGCCAGGUGAUAGCUCAGUACCAGAUACAGCAGAACCCUAUGUGGCUCCAAGCCCCACUCUCCCCAGCACUGAAGACGUCAUCCGGAAGACUGAACAGAUCACCAAAAACAUACAGGAACUCUUAAGAGCAGCCCAAGAAAAUAAACAUGACAGUUAUAUUCCCUGCUCAGAGAGGAUACACGUAGCAGUUACAGAAAUGGCAGCACUAUUCCCUAAAAAACCCAAGUCUGACAUGGUGAGGACUUCCCUCCGCUUACUGACAUCCAGUGCCUACCGACUCCAGUCGGAGUGCAAGAAGACCCUCCCGGGGGACUCCAGCUUGCCUACAGACGUCCAGCUGGUCACACAGCAGGUGAUCCAGUGUGCAUACGACAUCGCCAAGGCUGCUAAGCAGCUGGUCACCAUCACCACCAAAGAGAACAACAACUGACAGAGGAGCGCCACCCUGCUGUUUCCUAGGCUUUUUAAAGUCUGAUUUCGCAGUUAGACAUGGAACAGAUUUUUACAAAAACAAACAUUUAAUGAUGGUUUAAAACUUUUUAAGAAAAAACUCAGUAUUAUUUUUGCAUGUUUUCUAACAAAUUUUCAACUAUUAAUUUAAUCCACUUGCCUUAUUUUGUGCCUGUUUGCCAGUUUAGUUGCUGAUGUUCUUUCUGUUGUAUCGUCAAUGACUGUUGAGCUAAUGGUCACGUACGUCCAAAAGUACAGUUUCAUUGUUUAAAAUUUGUUAAAACUUUUCCAGAUCUUAAAACUGCCUGCCUAUUGCUAAAACUCUGAGAUUUUU